CUGCUUGGCAGCUGAUAAAAGUCAGUGGUGCUAUAAUACUAAGCACAGAGCCACUAGAUUAGUCUGCGAAGGAAGGGGAUGCCUCUUCCUUCCCUUUAGUAGUAGGUUUAACCCAGCUGGCACUCUCUGGACUCGGGAACAAUAUUCUUCAAGAGAAGGCCACUCCAUCAAAGCCAGGAGCACUGUAUUCCCAGGAUCUCAACAAGGAGGCACAGACCAAGGUCGCUUCUGAUUCACUGCAACCUUCUGUAAUUCCAGGCUUGCAGACCCAGAUUCAAGACCCCACCCCUUCAGGAGCAAAUCAUUACAAUUAUAAGUUGCCUUCAACUUCCAUAAACCAGCUAAACAUGUUUAACUACGAACGUCCAAAACACUUCAUCCAAUCCCAAAAUCCAUGUGGCUCCAGACUUCAGCCUCCCGGACCGGAAAUCUCCAGCUACUCUAGCCAGACCAAACAGUCUUCCAUUACCAUCCAACCCCGCCAGUGCACAGAGCAAAGAUAUUCUGCCUCCUCAACAGUGAGCUCACACAUCACUAUGUCCUCCUCUGCUUUCCCUGCUUCUCCUCAGCAGCUUGCUGGCUCCAACCCAAGCCAAAGGGUUACAGCUACUUAUAACCAGUCUCCAGCCAGCUUCCUCAGCUCCAUAUUACCAUCACAGCCUGAUUACAGCAGCAGUAAAAUCCCUUCCACGGUGGACUCCAACUACCAACAACCCUCAGUAGGCCAACCUGUAAAUGUUAAGUCAUCCCAAAAUGCAAAUGCUAAACUCACACCAAGGACUCCUGACCACGAAAUACAAGGAUCAAAAGAAGCUCUUAUUCAAGAUUUGGAAAGAAAGCUAAAAUGCAAGGACAGCCUUCUUCACAACGGAAACCAACGGCUAACAUAUGAGGAGAAGAUGGCUCGCAGAUUGCUAGGACCACAGAAUGCAGCUGCUGUGUUUCAAGGUCAAAAUGACAGUGAGGCACAAGAUUCAGCACAGCAGCACAAUAUAGAACAUGCACGACUGCAAGUUCCUACAUCACAAGUAAGAAGCAGAUCAUCUUCAAGGGGAGACAUGAGUGAUCAGGAUGCAAUCCAGGAGAAAUUUUACCCACCUCGUUUCAUUCAAGUGCCAGAGAACAUGUCAAUUGAAGAAGGAAGAUUCUGCAGAAUGGACUUCAAAGUGAGUGGACUACCAGCUCCUGAUGUGUCAUGGUAUCUAAAUGGACGACCAGUUCAAUCAGAUGAUUUUCACAAAAUGAUAGUGUCUGAGAAGGGUUUUCAUUCACUCAUCUUUGAAGUGGUCAGAGCUUCAGAUGCAGGGGCUUAUGCAUGUGUUGCCAAGAACAGAGCAGGAGAAGCCACCUUUACUGUGCAGCUGGAUGUCCUGGCAAAAGAACACAGAAGAGCACCAAUGUUCAUCUACAAACCACAGAGUAAAAAAGUUUUUGAAGGAGAAUCAGUGAAGCUAGAAUGCCAAAUCUCGGCCAUACCUCCACCAAAGCUUUUUUGGAAAAGAAAUAAUGAAAUGGUACAAUUCAACACUGAUCGAAUAAGUUUAUAUCAUGAUAACUCUGGAAGAGUUACUUUAUUGAUAAAAGAUGUAAACAAGAAAGAUGCUGGAUGGUAUACUGUGUCUGCAGUUAAUGAAGCUGGAGUGACCACAUGUAACACAAGAUUAGAUGUUACAGCCCGUCCAAACCAAACUCUUCCAGCUCCUAAACAGUUACGUGUCCGACCAACUUUCAGCAAAUAUUUAGCACUUAACGGGAAAGGUCUGAAUGUGAAACAAGCUUUUAACCCUGAAGGAGAGUUUCAGCGGCUGGCAGCUCAAUCUGGACUCUAUGAAAGUGAAGAACUUUAACCACUCUACCAACAUUGGAAAACACAACAACUACACUAUCAAUAAUAUAUUCAAUUAAAUUUUUGAAAUAAAUCCAUAGCUGUAUUAACA